GUCGGUACUGCAUAGUAUCUGGAUUUUGUGCUAAAGAGAAAAGUACAGUCUGAAGGAAAAGCUCACAGAUAUUUGAUUUUGUAAAAUAAAAUACCACGAGAUUAGUAAUAUAAGAUAAGAUGCACUUUAUAUAAGUCAUCAGCCACGGAAAGAUGCCAUCAGACAACAUAAACCCCAAGUCACCCUCAUGUUUACUAAAUUCAUAUCUCUUAAACCCUCAUAACUGAUUUGGAUCAGACAUAAAUUCCUUGUUUCCGUUUGCCCUUUGCGGAGAAGUUGAUGCAUGCUUUACCACACAUACUUCAGGAUCAAUGUAUGAAUUAAUGACCAUUACAUUUGACCUCCUGUCUCGGGGUUGUCUUCACAUCAUCACUGACCUUUUAAUCUUCUCCUUUAUCCUGGUUACAAAAGAGCUGAGGUCAAGCAGAGGCAGUGAUGGGGCAUCCCGUCUGUAAUUAGAUCUGUAAUGUGAACAGAGGCUUAUCCCUCUGCAGGGCCAGAGAUCCGUGCUGACCGCACAUCACACACAUUUGAUAAACACAGUGCCACGAAGAAGAAUUUGCAUUUGUAAGAUUAGUAAUGUCUCUUUUUGGAGCGGGCCGAAUGCUUGGCCUGUGGCGAGGCUGCAACUUAUUUGAGUCCAAGAGUCCAGGUAGAAACGGAAAGCUUCAGAUCAAUGGAUAAUCACGUGCUUUGUUGACAAAAUUAAAAUAAAGUGUUUUAUCUGAAAUGAUAAUGCUAUGCUAAUUUAAUCAGGCAGGAUCAGGGCAGAAGGAGCCGGGGAGAUCAUCACAUGCUCUCAUUGUUCACUCCUACGCUUCUCUUUAGAAAAAAAACCUCCUCGAUGUUCAUAACAACGUCUAAGUCAUAGCUCAUAUUACAUAUUCGCCUACAUUACGCUUAAUAAUUGCACUGUUUUAAGCAGCAGAUUAAUGGUUUGGUGGCCGGAUAAACCCCAUGGUAUACAGUAUAUGUUCUGGUUCCAAGUAUUUAUAGGAAUAUAUCUGUUUUAAGGUUCUUGUGUUGUUUUGGCUCUGGCCUACAUUGACACUUUAAAGCUUUUUUUAAGUCCUGGUUUAAAGUGGAAAGCUCUUUGUUGCUACAUCAGAACACCACACACAUUAUUAAUUAUUAACUUCAGUAAAAGCUCAUUUAGAUUUGGAUAUACACUCUUAUCAUAAUGUAGUUGCAUAUAAUAAACUUUUCUUCCCCAGCAACAGAAAACAUUUGGUUGUCAUGUCUGAAGCCACGCCCCCUGCCGCUGAUACUGCAGGAAGUAUAGAACCACACAUUUCAAAAUAAAAGCCGAAUUGAGAAGUUAUUGGCUGUGGAAGCAGACAACUCAACGCAAUUAAAUGAUAUGUUUUAUGUAUUUCAUCAGGAGAUCAUUUGUGCAUGAAAUAAACAUAUGUUUUUAAAUUUAGCCUGCAAGAACAAAUAAAUAAGCAAUUUGAAAAUUGUUGGUAGACAGAAAAUGAAGUAAUAAAGAAGUGCAUAAUUGAAGUCAUGAAUAUAAUAAGGUUUUUAUUACAGUUUAAUUCCCGGUACUAUGUUUGUGUAUUCAACAAAACAAAGUCCUACUUGUAAACUUCCCCUGAUUUGCCUUCGCAUUGAGGCUUCUUUUAUUUUGAAGGGUAUCCCCAUGGGUUCCGGUGUAGCUGUGCGACUUGACGCACGUUGGAGAGGCUGUUAGUAUUAGUGUGAGCGCUGUCAGAUGUGUGGGUGUUAGUGUGUGUGGAGGCCGACCCGAGUACACUAAGUUUGUGUUAGUGUGUGUGUGGGGGCCGACCUGUGGACAGUCACUCCGCUGCUGUUGGAGGGCAAAGUUUACAGAGCUGCUGCCGGUAAAACCUGCGCGAUCCUCCCGCAGAACACACACCGAGAGCCGGACUCAUGCAGCAUGUAGCCCGGCCUGAGGACCGCUGAGAGCCUGGUGUCCCCCCUCUCUCUGAUCCGGACCUCUGCUCCAGCCCGGUGUCCCUUUCUCUCUGAUCCGGACCUCUGCUCCAGCCUGGUGUCCCCCCUCUCUCUGAUCCGGACCUCUGCUCCAGCCCGGUGUCCCUUUCUCUCUGAUCCGGACCUCUGCUCCAGCCCGGUGUCCCCCUCUCUCUGAUCCGGACCUCUGCUCCAGCCCGGUGUCCCCCUCUCUCUGAUCCGGACCUCUGCUCCAGCCCGGUGUCUCCCUCUCUCUGAUCCGGACCUUUGCUCCAGCCCGGUGUCUCCCUCUCUCUGAUCCGGACCUCUGCCCCAGCCCGGUGUCCCGCUCUCUCUGAUCCGGACCUGUUCCCCAGCCCGGUGUCCCCCUCUCUCUGAUCCCGGACCAUGGGGGGGAGCCUCGGCUGUCACCGCUCCAUCCCCCGGGACCCCACGGACUUCAGCUGCGGGAAGCGUAAGUUCAGCGCCGCCUGUAACUUCGGGCCGGUUCUAGUGAACCAGGAGCGGCUAAACAUCAACACGGCCACCGAGGAGGAGCUGAUGACGCUGCCGGGGGUGAACCGGGCCGUGGCGCAGAACAUCACGGAGUACCGGGACUGUAUCGGGGGGUUUAGGAAGGUGGAGGACCUGGCUCUGGUGAGCGGGAUCGGAGCCACCAAACUGGAGGUUAUAAAGUUGGAGAUCUGUGUCUCCAGCAGGACCGGGUCCUCGCAGCACUCUCCGUCCUCUCUGCGCAAAGACCCGGAUCACCAACCCGGAUCCGGGAUCAACAUCAACACCGCGACCCCGGCGCAGCUGCAGAGCCUCCGGGGCAUCACGGAGAGGAUCGCCGGGAACAUCGUGGCCUACCGGGUAGAGCACGGCCCGUUCCGGAGCAUCGAGGACCUGGUGCGGGUCAAGCACAUCAACAGCUCCCUGCUGGACCGGAUCCGCUUCCAGGUGUUCGUGGAGCGAUCUAGAGCUCCGUCCACCUCCAGGUCGCACCCGAGCCCGACUUCCUUCAGCAGCGAGGAACUGGAGCCCGGAGGACCCGCUCACAUCCUCACAUCGCGGCCGGACCUGGAACCUCCUGCCGGGAUGCGGGACGGGAAGCCUGUGAUUCGGGUCGGAACCUGGAGCCUGCAGGGCUGCUCCUGCGACAAGGCCAACAACCCGGGGGUCAAAGAGGUGGUCUGCAUGACCCUGCUGGAGAACGAUGUGAAGCUGCUGGCGGUGCAGGACCUGCUGGAGAGAGAAGCUCUGGACAAGUUCUGUGUGGAGUUGAAUCAGGGAACGCUGCCCAGUGUGAGGAAGUGGAAGCGGCCGCGAGGGCUGUGGAAAAGUGUGGUGUCUGAAAAACCCACCGCUCCCUCCAGCAAGGGAGUGAGUUUCUCCGGCUUCCUGUGGGACUCUUCGUCGGGCGUCGAGCUGAGAGACGCCGCCGUCCUGGAGUCUCCGGUCACCAACGGCAACGGGAAUCACCCCCACAGUCGACCCUACCUCGCUCACUUCACUGUGGGAUCCUACGAGCUAACGCUGCUGAACGUCCACCUCCAGAGCGCCGCUGCAUCAGAAUCAAACGGGAGGAACCAUCACAGCGAGGACAGCAGGAGUCUCCCUCCCGCCCUGCAGGACAGACUCAGAGGUGAGAAGGAGCUGGUGGUUCUGGGAGAUUUUGGCUCCUCCCCCCCCUCAGAGCUGGAGGUCCUGAGGAGAGAGAAGCUCUCCCCCCUGCUGACCUCCACCUUCACCAACAUCAGCACCUCCUGCCCUCAGGGAUCCAGCUGCCUCGACAACAUCUGGCUGAGCCGCUCCACCAGGAAGAUCUACUCUGGUCACUGCCAGGUGGUGAGGGAGGGUCUGACUAAUCCCUGGAUCCCUAAUAACUGGUCGUGGGGUGGGGUGGCGUCAGACCACUGCCCCCUGGUGGCCGAGUUCUACGCCGACGUUUCCCCGAAAGAACUGAGCCGACCGGGCAUCGUGGAGCGGGACGUCCUGCCCAAACACGAGAGGUGAGGAACAGGGGCAGAAGAGGAGGAGGAAGACUGAUGAAGACUGUGAUUGUGAUGAAGAGCCACGGUUGCCUUUGGGGUUUUUAUCGAUCAGUGUUUGUUAGAAACUGGUCGUAGAGCCAUAACAUGUUCAGACUAUAUAUAUUAAUAUAUGAUGUUCUUAUCAGAUGUUGUUUCAGAGGAAUGUGCCAAACGUUUUCUACGUGUACAUAUAAUAAAGAGAAGUUAAUACAG